AUGCCUCGCAGCGCAGCUGCGCGACGCCACAGGGAUGACGACACCGAUGAAGAGGAGCUGGUCGACCUCACCGCCGACUUGUCACUGCACUCAAAACGAAGCGAGCGACAACGAAGGCGGCAGCAGAGCAGGGCAGCGCGGGCAGCGUCACGCUCGGGCGCUAUCUUGAAUCUGCCCUACGAGCUAUUGGUCUUGAUGCUUUCAAUGCUUCACCCGGGCGAUGUUGUCAGAUUCUCCGCCGUCAACCGCAACAUGCGGGACUUUGUUCAUCGAGAGCGAGAUAACAUAGCAAACGCCAUCAUCAAGCGACGCUACCGGAUCCUCGAAAGGUGCUUCCGCCUCCCAGUGCUUCUGGCAGAUGUGGAUCCCGAGCUGCACGGAGACUUGCAACUGGUCGCCCGCGAGGACAUCAUGGCCAUCCACAAACGCCCGUACCAGCACGUACCGCUGCCGGAUCCCACCCUUAUCUGCACCUGCCUCACAUGCCUUUUGCGGUGGAACUCUCUAUGCCUAGUAUUGGAUUUUGCCCACUGGCAGGGGGAUCUUGAUCAAGGCAAUGCUCUCCCCAUCAUUCCCAGGGGUAAAUCUCCAGAGUGGAACCACACCCUUCUCUCCAGCCAUGCUGCUCUCGUCCGAGAAGCUUUGGCUGACCGAUUACUGUAUGCACAUAUCCUACAGAUACAACUCAACAACACUGUACGGUCCAUCCAUCGCCAUGCACAGAACAAAGGGAAUCAGCGAAGACGGUUCAAGCUGAGCAAAGGGGACGAAGCCGCGGAAACCGACCAAUUCCUAGAGGCCAGUGGGCCACCAACCCUGGACUUCCCCUUUCACCGCGACAACUAUUACAUGCUCGAAGCAUACAUGCCCGGUCGCAGCUGGAACGGCGACGAGCAGCGGUGGAUGUAUAUGCCCGCGGAGCAACACAACGUCGAUCUCAAAGUAGUGGUCAGAUUUGCAAGGUGGAAAGAAUCCGAGGAAGCCAAGAAGGUCCGAGAUUCAGAAGUCUUUCUGCAGGAACUGAGGUACACGAAUCCCUUGCUUGACGCACGCAACCAACAAUGA